CCCCGGCCCCUCUUGACAUCCAUCGCACACUCUCUUCGCUGCGGGGCACGAUGGGAGAGCUCCGCGAGAAGAAGGAAAAGUACCAGCCCAUGCAGAUCGCCGAAGAGGAGGGGAAGCCCGAGUCGCGCUUCGAGGCCCUGCGUUCCGCCAUGGGCGCGUCCGAGAUCGCGAUGGCCGCCGCCUCGUGGGCGACGUGCUCCAUCUCCAUGACGCUGCUCAACAAGGUCGCCGUCGGCCGGUCGCACGCGCCGAUCGCCGUGGUGAUCGUGCAGAUGCUCGCGACGGUCGGCAUGGCCGCUGGCUCCAAAAACGUCCACUUCGGCAACGGCUGGAGGCUGUGGGCGCUGGCCGUGCCGCCGCUCUUUGCGCUCAUGAUGGUGACGUCGAUGAUCGCGCUGCAGUACGUGACGGUGGGUACGUUCGUGGUGGUGCGCAACCUGGGCCCAAUCGUCACGCUGCUGAUCGAGUCGGUCAUGCACAAGCCGGAGACGCUUACCUUCGACUGGCGAUCGGCCGGCGCCACCGGCGCGAUCGCGGUCGGCGUCUUUAUCUACGAGGCCAAGGAGAUCCGAUUCUCGGAGAUCCGAUUCUCGGGGGUGGGCUUGAUCUUCCUGAUCGCCAACCUCGGCAGCUCGUGCGCGGAGCGCAUGAUGCAGCGCCACCUCCUCGCCGUGCGCGAGGUCGACGUCAGCAAGCCUGCGCUUAUGAUCCUCAACAAUGGCCUGGGCGCCCUCUUCAGCCUGCUCGUCCUCAUCAUCGCGUCGCCCCAGGAGAUGCACUCCUUGUACCACGCCCUCAAAUUCAAGCGGGGGACCGGCAUCUCCUUGGUCGCGUCGUGCGUCGUCGGCUGCCUCAUCUCGUACGCGGGCCUGUGGCUGCAGCGCCUCGUGACCGCCACCUCGUUCAUGGUGCUCGGCUCGUUCACCAAGAUGAUCGUCAUCGCGUAUGGCAUCGUCAUGCUAGGCGAUUCGCACGGCUUCGUCUCCGUCUUCGGCGCCGUCCUGUCCUUGGCGGGCAGCUACGCCUACUCGCGGAUUAAGUGAGCCUGCGGCGGCGUAUGCGCAUGUGCAUGUCAUUGCGGUGAGUCGCCUAGACGCCGAGUGACGGCUUAAAAAAACGGUUCCCCCUACUUGUGUUCUUUUCGGUCGUAGCUACGUGCACU